ACUUGGUUCGAAGGAACCCAGCACCAACGCCUGGGUUCCUCGAACCCAGGCGCGGGUCGAGGCACCAGGCGUGCUGGGUUCGAGGAACCCAGGCCCUGGGUUCCAUCGAACCUAGGCCCUGGGUUUGGCUCUGGCCACCGAUGCUCCGGCUCCGACCCCGGCGGCUGGUGCUGGCUCGUUGUCGCCGUCAUUUGUCUCGGCUGUCUUUGCCGUCGUCGUUGCUUUGCUUCUUGGCUCCUCGCUCCGGAUCUGAGCUGAGAUUGCUUGCUGGCGGUUGUAUGCCAUUCGCUGAUUGUGGAUUCAUAGUAAAUCUAGAGGCUUCACGAACGUUCCUCGAACCCAGGCGCUGGGUUCCGAACCCAGCGCCUGGGUUUGAGUCGAACCCGCCUGCGUUUUUUUGUUCUGUUUCUUUGUUGGCUUGCAGUCAUGCUUGAAUGGGAUUUAGAGUUUUGUGUGGUUUCUGAUUGCUUGAAUUUCCAAAUUUAGUUACUGUUGAUGUUGAUUGAAGGAAUGUGGUGUUUUUUUCAUUUUUCUUUGCAGAUCUGGUAUACAUUUGUAAAGGAAUUGAUUUUUUGAAUCAGAUUUAUUGAGUUCUAUUAGGGAGGAGGUUUAAGGAAGAAGUAGAUGGUGAUUGGAGUGGUAAUAGAUGAUCGGAGUAAUG